AUGGUCGGUGAAACCUGGUCACCCGAGUGGUUUCUGCAAAACGAAACGGCCAGCCUUGAACGGCUGGCGGAUGAAUCAUUUUGGCGGUCUAUUCCACUGUUGAACUGCACGGAAUUACACAACCUUUCCGAUGGUUGUCUGGUAAGGUUUCGGGGACUGGUGCAGGAUCAAAAGGACUCCGAGUACUAUCUCGAGAGCUACAAUGUUCACUGCAAAACGACCGGUUCGAUCCUUCGGCGUCAGAAUGGUAAAUUUCGCGACAUUCUCGUUUGUAACGGUGCAACGGAGCGCGUGGAACAAGGUUUAACCGAGGGCGGCACACUCGGCGAGCGACGGUCAAUCGUUGUGGUCAGUGUUCCAGGACAGAACCGGUGGGCAUCGGAGUAUGAGGAGCAAACAAAUGGCGCCGGAUCGGCAAGCACCACGAAAGACAACGUCGUUGAAGGUUCCGAGCCACGAGCAGCUGUAAAGCGAGCGCUCGAGACUGAAAUGGAAGUGGACGCAGACCAGACAUGCGCCACUGGACCAGUGGCAUCGAAUGCAACGAAACGAGUAGCCACCGAACAUUCCGCACCUCCACCGCACUCGGCAACCACCGUUCUGUCCGCUGACUAUCUGCUCAAUUCGCCCAUCAGCGAUCGGCCGAGUAAGGCGUGUCUGGUGAAAGUGUAUGGCAAUUUCGACAACUGGACAAUCAAUUCCGUCAUUGAGGCGGUGGGUUUUCUUUCCGUCCACCCGUCCCUGGACGGUAGCGUUGACGCAACGGAGGAUCCUGCGUUCGAGGACGAACUUCCAGAGCACCAGGCCAACAAUCCGCCACCGUCGCUGAUUCCUCGUUUGCACGCCGUCAGCAUUCGCAAGCUGGCUCACACCAAUCCCAUCCUGCAGGCCCAGGGUCCUGGGGUCGAAGAAUCACUCGAUAUCGAUGGCACACUCCACAUGAAGGAUCUCCACAAUCUGCUGACCCAGUGCCUAUUCGGCGACCGUAUAGCGGCCGACUAUGUGCUUUGCCAUCUCGUCUCGUCGGUUUACAUACGGGACGAGGUGGAAUCACGCGGCCAGUUCUCUCUCAACCUGAGCAACAUACCCGGCGAAGUGCUUCCGGGCUACACCGAGUCGUUUUAUGAGCUGCUGGAGUUGCUUCUUCCCGCGAGCCAUUACUUUCCGAUGACGCUGGAGAGCAUGAACACGAUACAGUUUGCACCGAAGAAAGACUACACCACGAACAAGCUCACGAGUGGACUGUUGCAGCUGGCCCCUCACACACACCUGGUCCUGGAUGAAACGCGACUACAGGCUGGAAAGCUGGAGGCGGCAGGCGUCGAGGCGGUGCAGCAUGUGGCCCGUCUAAUCAAGAAUCAGCGCUUGAAAUACGAUUUCCAGUACUAUCAGCUCGAGUUUAACACGGACGUUCCGGUGCUGAUCUUAAGCGAGGGACGCAGCAUGCUUCCGAGUAACUGGCAUCUACCCAUCAUUCCCGAUCUGGAUGCGAUCAAACUGAUCGACGAAACAAUUAAAGCCGGUCGACACUACGUAACACCAAAGUUGGGCGAAAUACGGCGCUGUCUGACUGCCGCCCGGAUCCGGUCGUUCGAUAUGAAAACCCUCGAUCCGGCCAUCGUCGAGGAGGAUUUCGUGCGUAUGCGCACGGCCAACAGUGACGUGUCGAUGGACGAUCUGCACAACCUGGUCGUGUUGGCCCGAUUGCUUGGAAUAAGCGGCGGCAAACGAUCGCUAGAACGGGAGCACUGGGAGCGGGCGAAGGAGCUGGAAAAGGAACGCCAGAAUCGGCUCGAGAUGUUUGUGAAACGGAAAAAUGAACCAUGA